AUGACUUCACAAAGUUCGGAUCUUCAUUAUUUUACAAGCACUAGCACUAGUAAUACUAAUACGAGUUUUUUAGAAGAUACUUCUAAUAUACUUAGUGAAAAUGAACAAGAAUUUAGUAAAACAAAUGAAUUAAGUCAAUCUCUUAAUAAAAAACGUAAACAUACUAGUGGUCGACCAAAUGAAAUGCGCUUACAUCUUGCUCAGCAAUGCAUAAAUGUUCCUGACGAUAUUAAAUUUUUUUGGAGAGAUUUUAUUGCUGAGGAAAAGACAUCUACACAAAAAUCCAAAUAUGGCCAAUCUGAAAUUACAACCCACUUUCAAAAAAUUGAACCAAUUCCUGAACCAUGA